AUGUCGAAAUUGGAGGAGAAGUUGAAAGCGCGAUUAUUAGAUCGUGAGAAACGGUCGCAAUUGCGACGAUUGACGACGUUUCCAGCUGACAAUGUCGAUUUUUCCUCAAAUGCAUACCUCUCACUGUCUUCGGUACCGGAAAUUCGAAUCGCGUAUCAGUCCCUUGUUGAGAAUCAUGCAGCGCCGCCUCCGUUGCUAGGGUCUGGAGGUUCACGGCUGUUGGACGGCAAUUCAACCCUCGCCGAGAAUCUGGAGAGGGACAUUGCGGCAUUUCACAAUGCAGAUGCUGGAUUGUUGUUCAAUUCGGGGUUUGAUGCCAAUGUUGGUCUUGUGAGCUGUUUGCCGCAGCCGGGGGAUGUUGUGGUGUAUGAUGAGCUUAUUCAUGCGAGUGCUCAUGAUGGAAUGAGGUUGAGUCGCGCGGGACGGAGGGUAUCGUUUAAGCAUAACUGUGUGUAUGGGGAGGGCGGUCUCGAUGAUGUUUUGAGUGGAAUUGGGAGCGAGAAGUCGGUUUUUAUCCUUGUUGAGGGUGUUUACAGCAUGGAUGGCGAUGUUGCUCCUCUCAAAGAGAUUGUCGAAUGCGUCAAAAGGAGACUCCCGACGAACGGCUACAUCAUCGUCGACGAGGCACAUUCAACAGGCAUUUUUGGUCACCAAGGACGAGGUCUGGUCUGCGAAUUGGGUUUGGAGAAGGAAAUAUUCGCACGAUUGCACACUUUUGGCAAAGCAAUGAGUUCUUUUGGAGGUGAGUAA